GCUCGAUGAUGAUGGAAAUUCCAUAAAUGAGGCGCGACAAGCCACAACCCAACAUCAUAAAGCUAGUUGUAUAAGCGUCCGAACAGCAGAGAGAGACAGCGGAUAAAGCCGCAAACAUGUCUGUCCCGCGGCUCUGUUCUUCAGCAGGCAGACUGUUUCUGUCCCGGAGUCCAGCUGCGGACUCUGUCCUGACAGGGUGUUCCCGGGCAGCCAGCGGUGCAGUGAAGGACAAGGAGCCACUGAAGAAAGCUAAAACCCCGCAAGGUCGUUUUGACAACCCAGAGGAGAAGAGCACCGCUGUCCUGCAGAAGUUCCCUGAUGAUGUGAACCCUGUAACCAAGGAGAAAGGGGGUCCACGGGGUCCGGAGCCAACCCGCUACGGAGACUGGGAGAGAAAGGGACGAUGUGUUGACUUCUAGUUCACUACUGAUGGGAACUAGAGCAACUCUUAGCAUAAUUAUGGACAUGUUAACUGAGUGGCUGUUCAUGUUCUGCAUGUUGUUAAAGAGCUCAUGCUUUCAUGAAAAUUGACUUGAAUGUGUCUUUUGUUGCAGGUGAGUGUGACAUCACUGUAUUCUGUCUAUGUAUGAAUGUUGGGUUCAGUUAAAGGAAAGGUGAUUUCAUGGACAAGUGUCAGUCCAUGUGUUGAGCAUAAUAUUACAUUAUUAUUAUUAUAACAAAAUCCAAGUGUAAAAAACUGGCUUUAUAGACUUACCAAAGGAAUGUAUCAAUAAAAUCAAUAAGGUUAACCAGG